CGGCCCCGCAGGCAGGUGGGAGCGCGGCGGGCGGCAGGGCCCCCCCGCCCCGCCCGGCCCCCCGCCCCGGCCCGCCGCCAUGGGCGCCUGCCCCCGCCGGCCGCCGCCGGCCCCCCGCCCCGCCGCCUGAGGCAGCGCGGCUGGACGGGCAGCGCCUCGCCCGCUGCCCCGGCCCCGGCCGCCACCAUGGGGGCCGCCGCGGUGUGCCGGAGCGCCGCCACCUCCGCCGGCUUCCUCACGCUGCUCAUGCUCCUUGGCACCACUGAUGGUCAGUCAAAGCUGACCUCCGAGCAGAAUGCCAUCAGCCUCUCCCCAGGCAAGUACCGCCACCUUGACCGUGCCACCAACAAAGAGCUGAUCUGCGACAAAUGUCCCGCAGGAACCUAUGUGUCUAAACAUUGUACAAAGAGUACCUUAAGAGAGUGCAGCCCUUGUCCAGAUGGGACUUUUACUAAGCAUGAGAACGGCAUAGAGCGGUGCCACCCUUGUAGAAAACCCUGUGAACUGCCAAUGAUUGAGAAAACUCAUUGUACUGCCUUGACUGACCGCGAGUGCACUUGCCUGUCUGGUACGUUUCAGACAAAUGAUACCUGCGUCCCUUACACCGUGUGCCCGGUCGGCUGGGGCGUCCGCAAGAAAGGAACCGAGACGGAAGACGUUAGGUGCAAGCCGUGCCCUCGUGGUACCUUUUCUGAUGUGCCUUCUAGUGUGAUGAAGUGCAAAACAUACACUGACUGCUUUGGGAAAAACAUGGUGGUCAUCAAGCCAGGGACGAAGGAGAGUGACAACGUCUGUGGUUCUCCAGCAUCUCUUCCGAACAUGUCUUUGACUUCAUCAAGCACCGAAGCGAGCGAAGAGCCCUAUGAAGUUCCACCAACUGCUCAUCUUCCCAAAGGUCUGAACUCUUCAGUUCCUGAUUUUGUCCCCUCUCCAGCACCACGCGCGUCCAGCAGCAUGGCACAGCCGGCAGACUACUACAAUGAAACCUCAGCCAACGAGACGGACGGUGCUGGUGGGACCCUCGCCACCGGCCAGGCGCAGAGCUACCGGCACAAGCAGACCAGCCAAGCGCUGGAGAAGCAGCCGUCGCUGGAGAUGGUGGGGGGUGAGAAGUCCAGUGUCCCAUACAGGCCCCCCCGGCGAGGUCCACAGAAUGUCCACCAGCACUUCGACAUCAAUGAACACUUGCCAUGGAUGAUUGUCCUCUUCCUGCUGCUGGUCCUGGUGGUUAUCGUUGUCUGCAGUGUCAGAAAGAGCUCACGGACUCUGAAGAAGGGACCCAGACAAGAUCCCAGUGCCAUUGUGGAAAAAGCUAUUAUGAAAAAGUCUACCACCCCCACACAGAACAGGGAGAAGUGGAUCUAUUACUGCAACGGGCAUGGCAUUGACAUCCUGAAGCUGGUGGCAGCCCAGGUGGGGAGCCAGUGGAAGGACAUCUACCAGUUCCUGUGCAAUGCCAGCGAGCGUGAGGUGGCGGCUUUCUCCAACGGCUACGCUGCUGACCACGAGCGCGCCUACGCCGCCUUGCAGCACUGGACCAUCCGUGGGCCUGAGGCCAGCCUGGCCCAGCUCAUCAGUGCCCUCCGCCAGCACCGCCGCAAUGAUGUGGUGGAGAAGAUCCGAGGCCUGAUGGAGGACACCACACCGGUGCAAAUGCAGCCUCAGUGGCAAGCACAGGACCCCUGCAACGAUGAUGGGAAGCUGGAAGCUGACAGACUGGCGCUGCCAGUGAGCCCCAGCCCACUCAGCCCCGCGCCCAGCCCCAGCCCCAAGCCCCCCGAGGCGGCUGUCCUCACUGUGGAGCCCUCUCCUUCAGAGAAGAAAUGCUUCUUCGUCGAUGAAGCAGAGCCCCUCCUGCGGUGCGACUCGACCUCCAGCGGCUCCUCUGCGCUCAGCCGGACAGGCUCUUUUAUUACCAAAGAAAAGAAGGACACUGUCCUGCGCCAGGUGCGCUUGGACCCUUGCGACCUGCAGCCUAUCUUUGAUGACAUGCUGCACAUCCUCAACCCCGAGGAGCUCCACGUGAUAGAGGAGAUCCCACAGGCUGAAGACAAGCUGGACAGGCUAUUUGAGAUUGCCGGAGUCAAGAGCCAGGAAGCCAGCCAGACCCUCCUGGACUCUGUCUAUAGCCACCUUCCCGACUUACUGUAGGCACUGGGUCACCAUGCACUCUCCGAAUAUCUGCUAGAGCUAGCUUGGCACUCGUUAAGACCGACAAUACGCAGGCAGGUUUUGUUGUAGAAUAUAUGGCCAGUAUUUUCGUUGAGGUGUCCUUGGUUUUUGGAGGGGGGGCAGUUUGCCAGCGUUGCACCCCUCUGCCGUAACUCUAUCGCUCAGUCCAAGUCUUUGCACCCUCUGCCCCCUUCCCAAGCCUCUCUGCUCCUUGUUCUCAUUCCAAUCAGAUCAGUCGAUGCACUUUAAAAAAGCAUAAAUAAGUAAUGCAGUUAAUUAACUAGAAGACCACAAAUCUGAUGUAAUUUAACACAUCAAAUUGGGGAUUGCUUUGUAACUCACUUCUUCUGUCAAAGCUGUUGCUCGGAGUGACUGUCUCCCACCACCUCCCUUCGCCUUGGAGUGGUAAAUGGCAAAAACACGCGUGCAAAAAAAAAAAAAAAAAGCCCAAUCAUUGCUGGUUACCGUCUUUUAAUGCAGCUAAGCUUCCCACCCGAGCUGACUUUUCUUUUUUUUAAUGUACUAUUGUAUAGCUCAUAUCAUUGCUGAGAUUUUACUAGCACAGUUAUUUAUUGUAUGGUUUUCACCUGGACAAUGCAUCGCGCUCCUAUAAGCUAAAGCAGAAGCGCUUUAACCGCAAAGAAAAGGGUCAGUCCCAGCAACCUUUGAGGCAAUGAAAAGGUCCUUUGCCUUCAGUCGAAUGUAAGGAGUUGUCUUGCCUUGCCGCUUGUGGGAGCGGCAGGGCCCCGAAGGAAGCCGGUGCUGAUCAUGGGGAGCCAAAGGUGGCCGCCGGUGAUCCUGCUCUCCUCGUGGUGUAAGACUUAAAAAAAAACAAGCUAUGCUUUUACACUUGUGUCUCUUGUUUUUUAUACAGACGUGGCCGAUAGGUUCUCCAAAGACCUUAUCCGGUCUUAAUAGUCUCUUCAAAUCACACUUCACUUUUUAUUAAAAGAAAAGAGGUUGGGGGGUGGGGUUAAAAAAGCUGCAUCGUAAGAAGUCUGUCUGAUUAUAUUUGCAACUAUUAUGCUCCCGUAACAAACAGUCUGUACUACGUUCAAUUUGAGGAAAUAACAAUAUGAGGGUGGCAUGUGCUGCCCCAUGGGAAGGGGUGGGAGUGGGGGAAGAGGGGAAUGAAUUGAAAAAUUGCCUUCCAGUGUACUAAUUUAUUAAUAAAUACUAGGUGUUUGUUACUUGA